GUAGGGGACUUUCCCGCACGGUGCGACCCUUCUCCGUGCGAGCCAUGCUGACUCUUUUGCUGUCAGUGGCGCUCCCUGCAAUCUCCGUGGCGUCGAGACAAUAUGGGGAGCCGGAGGCACCGCAAAUGCAGCUGCUCCAGCACAAGUUCAUCCUCGAAGGCGCGGAAGAAUGGCACCUCAAAGAAGCUCGGCCGCUAACUUGGAUUCACUUCCCAAAGUGCGGCAGCUCCUUCAUCAACGCCAUCACCCGCCUGCCCGGUGCUUGCCCAUCUAUGGCCGAUCACGCCCUCAACGAAGACACAGUCGGUGGUGGCGCCUGCUGGCUGUCCCACUGGUUCAGGGACCUUCACAUUAUGAAAGAUCGUUUGCCCUCAGCUGCAAUGUCUUACUUGCCGGAGCACUGCCCGCGAGACUGCCAGGCAGCGCAUUACGUCUGCCAGCAGUCCGCGUUGCCACAUGUCCCUUUAACCAACUACGCGGCCCAGCGGGGCCACUUGGUGGGAAUGUUCCGCGAUCCGGAUCAGCGUAUCCUUUCAGGCUACCAUGAUGAUGCCAACAACUUUGCGGCAGAGGACUACGGCAGCUACCUGGUCGACAUGUCGCGCCACAAGAUCCAAGAGAGCAAGGCAAACUGCACCGGAUCCAUGGUGAGAGGCUUGCCAAAGAUACCGCUCUCAGAGUUUGCCGAAACGUGGAAGGGCGGUAUGACGUACCAGCUGGUAGCCGACCAGGAGACCACGACAGCGCUGGAUCCGCGCCGUCUCCGGGUGACGCGUCGAGAUGCCACCGAGGCAGCACGAAGGGUCCGCGAGGACUUUGCCUUCGUAGGCCUCACAGAGCAGUGGGACUUGUCAAUCUGCCUCUUUCACAAAAUUUUUGGAGGAUCGUGCCAUGCCUUCGAGUUCGAAGACACGAGGCCCAGCUUUGCAGGGAAAAGUGCAGACAAAGACUACGACACCUCCCAGCUUGAAGGCUGGCACGACGACAUUGACGAAGUGGUGUAUGCCGCUGCACUGGAGGUUUUCCGCCGAAACCUUGUUUUGUUUAACGUUUCACAAGAGACCUGCCAAGAGUGCAGCAGUCAGAGAGAGAGCGACCCAGCAUUUUGGCAGGAGCGCAGGGAGACGGGCCAGUAG